AUUCAUAGAAAAAGAUCUUUAUACAUCAAAAGUGUAUCCUUUACUCUAGUUUAUAUACCGAAGAUACUCCUUAAUACUAUCACCUUCUUGUGUCAAACCAUACUUGUAAUGUAUCCUCCAUCCCUUUCACUCUCCUUGAUCUCAACUGACUCAACUUGUUUCUCACUCCCUUAUUAUAUUAUAUUAAGCAGUGAAGAUUUUGUGUCAAGAGUUCUCGUAUGUUUUAUUAGACUGCAGUUCAAUUAAGAAAAAACAUAUGAAUAUCUUUGAUCUAGACCUCUGGAGUCACAUGUUCUGUUGUAGUAAUUGAAGACUGGUCUUCUUCAUUAGACUGCAGUUCAAUUAAGGGAAAACAUAUGAAUAUCUUUGAUCUAGACCUCUGGAGUCACAUGUUCUGUUGUAGUGAUUGAACACUGAUCUUCUUGUUCGUCUCUGGAUGUUUGGAGUAAUAAAAUCAUUAGCAAUUUUAAGGGCAUUUCCAAUGAGACUCUAUUUUUUCCUCUAUAAUUUAUACUAGAAUAGACUAAUUCUCCAAUGAUGUUACUCUAUAUAGAGGAAUGUCAUAUUUUACUCUAUAUUUGAAGUGAAAAAAGUGACACUCCUCUAUAUUUCACUCUAUAAUAGAGUAACUCUAUUAUAGAAUAACACCAUUGGAGCAAAAGUUACACUAUUAUAAAGUUACUCUAUUUGGUGUAAAUUAUAGAGGAAAAAAUAGAGUUUCGUUGGAGAUGGUCUAAAAGAUAAAAUUUUCCCUAAUGAUGUACAAUAAAACUGGUACCUCUUUGUACUUGUUACCUUUUGAGUCAUGCAGCGUAGCUGUUGAGACCUUGAAGGUACGUGAUUUAAGACUAAUUGUUACUGUUGCCCAUAUUUGCAACCAUGCUUAAUCAUGGAGUUCACCUUUUCUCAUGCCAUUUAGGACUUCAGGACCGGAUCCAAGCUGGUUGCAACUGGCAAACAUGGUCAGAUAAGGUUGCUGAUGUUGCAGGCUCCAGAUCCGUUGGACUGUGGUGGAUUCAGAUGAUGAUGGUGCUUCUUAAUUGGGGUCUUUGGCCGCCUUAGAAAUCAUCAAAUUCGUCUACAAAUGUUCCUUCUAGUGGUGGUGGAAGAACAGGUGAGACUACUUUUGAGAACCGUCUCUCACCAAAAAACAUGGCAAGUAUAUAAUCCAUGGCCGAGACGGUCAGGGAAGUCCCUCUACAUGUACCUGAUGAAUUAAUUUUCCAGCUAAAUAUUUGAUGGAGUCAGUAUAUCUGUUUACUUUGAUGAACAUGCGUCAUUUCUGGUUAAAUUGGUAAGUUAUUUAGUUAGUUUUCUGCAUCUAAGGGAAAAGAAAUCAUUUGCAUAUAUCUGUGAAGCAGAGUUUUCAUCAAGAACCGAUGGAUUUUGUGUGAACCUUUAGUGAUGGUAAAGAUGAAUAAUGGUGCAAUGAAAGUGGUAAACAUGAAAUUUCUCAUUUGUUAUUUACUUGUUAACACAUAUAUGAUAUCCUAUUUUUUGUAAAAUAUCAUGUUGCAGUCUGAUGAUAUGCUCUAGAGGUAGUAACCAGUUAUGUGAAUGCACUUUUGGACUGAUGCUACCUCCACUUGUCAAAGACCGUGUAAUUUUAUUAUAAAUAAAAAAUAAAUUUACUACAGAAUGUAUUGUCUUUGUUCCGAAUAAAUCUUCUGUGGUGUAACCAAAUACUCAGCUGUUUGUUUCCUUAAAGAUGGGUCCUCUCUGUCUACUCUGUUCCAGUUUGAUUAGCUUGAGUUUGCAGGUUUCAUGGCUUCUUGGAGCAGAGGAAAGACAUUGUCAGGGAACAUUCUUGGUCCAGAUGUUGGAUUCUUGGUUCUUGAAGCUCUUAAACUUUGUAACUAACAUGUAUUAUUUGUUUAGAAACAUGCAUGAUUUGGGCAAUUCAAGAGGACUUUUUGAAGACAAAAUGUCUUGUGGAUUGUGUCAAAUAAAGUGGUAGUACUUAAAUCCGUUAAAGAGGCAGACAGUAAUCAUCGUCAACCUCCAAACCAUUCUCGAAGCAGACAAAAACCAUUUAGGUAAUUAAAGUAAUGCAUUCACAAAGUACUUUAAGUCAUUCACAUAGUAUUAUAUAAUAGGACCUAUAUAAUAAUACAAUUAGAGACUAGCUUAACCGUGGUGGUCGGUAAGUUUUGGAGAUUGGUCAAGAUGAGAUGGGUGGAGAGACAAGAAGCAGUAAAUCACUCGUUUUACACCGAGGUUUAAAUGUCCUUUUCCUUUUGUUUUUAUUCUCUCCUCUUUGACUCACCUUUGGAUUUUCCCAUGAGCUUUUCCAGCACGUUCAUCUGGAUUGAUAAACUAAAAAAAAAACCCUUUCUUUAUUCUGUGUUUUUUCUUGGUUUGGAAUUUUCAAAUAUUUAUGUGUGAACUUUUCACAUAUUAUAUAGUGAGUACUACUUACUAAGAGUCCUUAUGCGUUGAAUAAUCGUUAAGCCUUGUGAGUGUUUUGACCGUUUUUUUUUUGUGACACAAUGAGCUCAGUUCAUGCUGUUUCAGUCCUUCUCUUGUUUCUGCUCUUGCAUCUCUCUGAUUCUCGUCACCUCGACAACGUUCACAUCACAGGUUCUCGGUUUUCACUUGACAAGGAUCAAAAUGUUGUCCCCGGUUUGACAUCUAAAGAACCGGUUAGAGUAUCUCGGUUUGUGCCUGGCGUAAAGAAGAACCGCCAUCACCGGCCGCCGCUCUUAUUUGCAGAUUACCCGAAGCCGUCCACUCGGCCUCCACGCCAUAACUGAAACCUCUCUCUUUUGUUUUUUCAACUUUAUAAUUUUUUUUGUAUGUGAGAUAGUAAAUAGGUUCGGUUCUUAACAAUUUUCUUAAUAUGUUUCCAAUGUGGAAUAUGUUCUUUGAAGUAUAGGUUCAUGUUUUCAAAGCUGACAAAAAUCUAUCUAUUUUCAGUAAGUUUCCCAAAAGAGACUCAUCUAUUUAGCUACGUCACAAAU